UCCCCUUGGUACAAUGAUGUCAGAAAAGCUUUGACAAAGACAUUUGGCCUGUCCAGCUUCCGUCUGAAUCAGCUUGAAGCAAUUAAUUCAACAUUGAAUGGAGAGGAUGUGUUCGUGCUAAUGCCCACAGGUGGUGGCAAAAGUUUAUGUUAUCAACUACCGGCUACUGUUCAAGGGUACAAGCGCCAGGGAGUAACUUUGGUUGUGUCACCUCUUCUGUCCUUGAUGCACGACCAAGUGGACACUCUUGUUAACCGUAGAGGAAUUCGGGCGGCUAUGUUGAAUGGAGAGAUUCCUUUAAUUGAAAAGCAACGGGUCUAUGAUUGUCUCAAGGUCGUUCCCCCCGCGCUAGAGCUGCUUUAUGUGACACCUGAACAGUUGCAUCGUUCGGACGUACUACAGAAUGUACUCAAAAGACUACAUCGCAACAAUAUGCUGGCCCGAUUUGUCGUCGAUGAAGCCCAUUGUGUAUCUCAGUGGGGACAUGAUUUUAGACCAGACUACAAAUUACUGGGAAAUCUCAAGGAUAUUUAUCCAGGUGUUCCAAUUAUGGCACUUACAGCUACGGCCAAUAAGAUGGUUCAAGAAGAUGUACUACACAACAUGCGAAUGAAAAAUUGCAGAGUGUUCAAGCAAAGUUUCAACCGUUCCAAUCUCAGCUAUGAAGUUGUACCAAAAACCUCAAAGACUAUUCUAGGUGAUAUUAGCAAUUUCAUUUCAAGGUUUAGACAUCAAACUGGUAUUAUUUACUGUAGUACCCGAAAGCACUGUGAGAAUGUGGCCGAGAAACUGAAGAGCCAGUAUGGAGUGAGCACAGAACACUACCACGCAGGAUUGAGUACUGAAGACCGAAUAGACAUUCAGAAUAAAUGGCAGGAGGGAACGGUGCGAGUAAUUGUGGCAACAAUUGCGUUUGGAAUGGGUAUCGAUAAGCCAGAUGUACGAUUCGUUAUACACUAUACUCUUCCACAAUCGCUAGAGGGAUAUUACCAAGAGACAGGUCGUGCAGGUCGAGACGGUCUCCCUGCUGUGUGUCGCCUAUACUAUACUUAUGCUGAUACGAAAACCUACCAAAAACUCAUAGACGGAGGCGAUGGGGACUAUGACCAGAAGAAGCGUCAAAAAGACAAUCUGAAUCACAUGGUUAAGUAUUGCGAGAACAAGACAGAUUGUAGACGCAAACAAAUUCUGUGGUACUUUGGAGAGAAAUUUGACCCAUCUGGGUGCAGUAAUACAUGUGACAAUUGUACGAGUCAAAAGCAUGGAAAGCGUGUACAACGGGACAUGACAAAGGAAGCAUCACUAGCCAUCCAACUUGUGCGUCACACUCAAGGAGACAAUGUCACACUCAUCCAAGCCAUUGAGCUUUUUCGAGGCUCACGGGCAAAGCGUUUCAUCGAAAGAGGCUACGAAACCCUUCCUGGCUUCGGUGCCGGAAAGGAUCUAUCACGAAAUGAUGCUGACAGGUUAUUAAAACACUUGGCCACCCACGACGUGUUUACUGAACGGACAGAAUGUAACAGCAAAGGAUUCAUAAGUUCAUACAUUCAGGUA